UCUGUCACAUGACAAGCUCAGAGAUGGUGGCUGAUCCUCGUUUAGAAAUAUGAAAUGGACCGAAAACAAACUACUCCAAAAAGUGGAACCUAACCCUGUUUUACAUCGGACAUAAAGAAUUAAUCAUCUUACGAAUCCUAUCAAAGUUGCUUGUUAUCUAACCUCUUGGCUCCAUUGAUGGCUUCACGAUGAAGGCCCAACUUCAGGUUAUCGUUCUCGCUGCGAAACUGAAAGAGAACAAGAAGAACUGGUUUGGGCCGAGUCCCUAUGUCGAGGUAGCAGUGGAUGGCCAAUCCAAGAAGACGGAAAAAUGCACCAACACCUUCACUCCCAAAUGGAAACAGCCCAUCACUGUUAUUGUUACACCCUUCAGCAAGCUUAUCUUUCGGGUCUGGAGUCACCAGACUCUGAAGGCCGACAUUCUUUUAGGGAUGGCCACUCUGGAAGUCAGCGACAUGCUCAAGUCGAAUGAUAUGAAAAUCUGCGAGGUGGUGCAGACGCUGCAGCUGAGUGCAGACAGGGACCCGUCGGACGUGGUGGGGGACCUGUGCGUCUGCCUGGACGGCAUGCAGGUGGACCCGCAGACCUUCGCCGCCGAGGAGCAGAGUCGCGAAGCAUCACUUCCAAAUGGGGAUUUGAGACCAAAUAAAGAGCCAGAGAGGCCCAGCAGAGGCUCCUCUCCUGCCAGUGACAUCGCCGACGAUGCGCCUGCUCUCCCCAAUGGCCACGCUGUCAACGGCACAGGGUCUCCCUCGCUGUCUGCAGGGGCCUCCAGACCGCCACGACCCCCCAGGCCUCUCCGCCCACCCCCUCCCCGCAGACCCACCUCCUCCCCAGCCUCCUCUAACGGCUCCACCCCGAGCCACGGCAGCAGCGCGGCCAGCCCGGAGCCCAACCCCAGCCUGCAGGUGAACGGCACGCCGGAGGGCCCGAGCUCAGCGCCCCCCUCUGGCUCAGGGACAGGGACGAGCCCCGCGCCCAACCAGAACUCCAGCGCGCCGCCCACCACUGCCCCCCCCUCCCGGGUCAGCCCCAUCAACACCGGACCCCUGCCCCCCGGGUACGUCCGUCCUGACAUCCCUGAAAAUCCUACACGUAGCCCCUUCAGCACCGGGCAGCUACCCCACGGCUGGGAGCAGAGAGUGGACCAGACCGGCCGUGUCUAUUAUGUGGAUCACCUGGAGAAGGGGACCACCUGGGAGAGACCUGAGCCAUUGCCACCCGGGUGGGAGCGACGUGCGGACCCCAUGGGCCGCGUCUACUACGUGGACCACAUCAGCCGCACCACCACCUGGCAGAGGCCCACGGCCGAGUCGGUGCGCAACUACCAGGAGUGGCAGAGCCAGCGCAGCCAGCUGCAGGGCGCUAUGCAGCAGUUCAACCAGAGGUUCAUCUACGGGCUUCAGGAACAGAUUGCACCCACCACAACCACCCAAAAAGAAUUCGACCCUCUUGGCCCUCUUCCACAGGGAUGGGAGAAGAGAACAGACAGCAAUGGCAGAAUGUACUUUGUGCAUCACCCUACGCGGUCGACGCAGUGGGAGGACCCUCGCACGCAAGGGCUGCUGAACGAGAAGCCUCUGCCCGAGGGCUGGGAGAUGAGAUUCACAGUGGACGGCAUCCCUUACUUUGUGGACCACAACCGCCGGACCACCACCUAUAUCGACCCUCGCACUGGAAAGUCCUCUCUGGAAAAUGGUCCCCAGAUCACCUAUGUGCGAGACUUCAAAGCCAAAGUGCACUACUUCAGAUUCUGGUGUCAGCAACUCUCCAUGCCUCAACACAUCAAGAUUCAUGUCACUCGCAAGACUCUGUUUGAAGAUUCAUUUCAGCAGAUCAUGAGUUUUCACCCCCAAGACCUGCGGAGGAGGCUGUGGAUCAUCUUCCCUGGAGAAGAGGGAUUGGAUUAUGGAGGAGUGGCCAGGGAGUGGUUCUUCCUGUUGUCCCAUGAGGUGUUGAAUCCCAUGUACUGUCUGUUUGAGUAUGCUGGAAAAGACAACUACUGCCUGCAGAUCAACCCCGCCUCCUCCAUCAACCCCGAUCACCUCAAGUACUUCAAGUUCAUCGGCCGAUUCAUUGCCAUGGCUCUGUUUCAUGGGAAGUUCAUUGACACGGGAUUCUCCCUGCCCUUCUACAAACGCAUCCUCAGCAAGCCAUUGGGCCUGAAGGAUCUGGAGUCCAUUGACCCGGAGUUCUACAACUCCCUCAUCUGGAUCAAGGACAACAACAUUGAGGAGUGUGGUCUGGAGAUGUACUUCUCGGUGGAUAAGGAGAUCCUGGGCGAGGUCACCACUCACGAGCUCAAGGCGGACGGAGGAAACGUCUUGGUCACGGAGGAGAAUAAAGAGGAGUACAUCAGGCUGGUGGCAGAGUGGCGUCUGUCGCGCGGCGUAGAGGAGCAGACGCAGGCCUUCUUUGAGGGAUUUAAUGAAGUUCUCCCUCAGCAGUACCUGCAGCUCUUCGACGCCAAGGAGCUCGAGGUGAUGCUCUGUGGGAUGCAGGAGAUCGACAUGGCUGACUGGCAGAGGAACACCAUCUACAGACACUAUGCCCGCAGCAGCAAGCAGAUCCUCUGGUUCUGGCAGUGUGUGAAGGAGAUGGACAACGAGAAGAGGAUGCGACUGCUGCAGUUUGUGACAGGCACGUGCCGGCUUCCCGUCGGAGGCUUUGCUGACCUCAUGGGGAGCAAUGGUCCUCAGAAGUUCUGCAUUGAGAAAGUGGGGAAAGAGAAUUGGCUUCCGCGAAGUCACACUUGCUUUAACCGUUUGGAUUUGCCACCUUAUAAGAGCUACGAGCAGAUGAAAGAGAAGCUGAUGUUUGCCAUUGAAGAGACGGAAGGUUUUGGGCAGGAGUAAAACACACAUAUAUAUAUAUACACACACCGAUGCCCUUCUUUUGAGCCUGGAAACCCUUUGGGAACAAGUUUUACCUGUGAAAAUCACCACCUGAAAGAGACACAAAGACAGAAGAGUGUGUGUAUGUGCGUGUGUGUGUGUGUGUGUAUAUGUGCGUGUAUGUAUGUGUAUGUGUGUGUGAGAGAGAACGAGCACGUCAGUUCACCUUACAACCCCUUAUUAACUGAUCCCCCGGCUCCAUUGAGCACUCUGUGAAAUAGUCAACCCCCCCCCCCCUCCCCCCAACUCUCCUCUUCCCCUCUGCGCUGCGCUGCGUCCGGUUGUCUAUCUAUGCACAGACGCCCCACCGCCAUGAAUGGAUCACCCACAGCCCUGCCCUGCCCUGCCCUGCCCUGCCCUGCCCCCAUGCCUGAGCUGCUGGACCGUGACUCUGCAGCAGAAACCAUCUCCUGACGCUACUCUGUCUCGAUUCCCAAGCAACCACUUGCUCUCCCUCGCCUCAGAUGGCUGGGGGGGGGGGGGGGGGGUAUGGUCCCCCUGCUCUGCAUGAACAGGUCUGUGGAUGGAUGCCAGUAGCUUGAUGAUGUCUGUCAGAGCAGAGUAAUAUUCUCCAAGAGGGAAGAAGGGGUGGGGGGGGUGGGGGGGUAGGGUGUUGUGCUAAGAUAAAACCAUCCAUGUGAAGCAGCUACUAGCAAAAAUCAACACAAAAAAACCACAGGCAAACAGAUCAGUGUCAAUUAAUCAAAUAGAGAUUAGUACAGCUUUUGUAAUAAUAAAGAAACCAUUAGAAGUGUUCAAGGUAUCAUGCCCAAGCUCAAGGAUGACAAGUGCUGUAGAAAGAUGGUGUAACAGCUCUGUCAUGGUCAGUAAUGUCCUUUUAAACAUCCAUGGCUGUAUCCUUCUUUAAGUGCUGCGUUCAGUACAGGAGAGAGCAGGGACUGCUGGUUUUGCCUUGAUGGGCACCGUUUAUCUGGGUCAGCAUACCCCAGAGAGUGGCCAGCAGAAAUCUUCCUUGGUUCUUUCUCAUGUGUUGUGUGUGCGUGUGUGUGCGCGUGUGUGUUUAAGUUGGUGUGACUGACUCGCACCCUAUUAACCCUGUUGCUUAAGGGUUUUAUUUUUAAGAGAGUGGAAGAGAGUGCUGUUAUUUUAUGAAGGGAGUAAUGACAGAUCACCUAUGACGUGGGAAGCUCUGGUUUGUCAAAAUAUUUAAAUUCCAUGAAUUAUUUCUUAAGAAAUAGAUAUUCAAUCAUCCACCGAUCACGUCAAUUGUUCCCACUGAAUGGUAUCUUACUGAAAGAGUGAACCUGAAUAAAAUGCUAAAUUCUGUCAUCUAUUUAAUGCUUUAGUGUGAAAGCGGAAAUGGUAAAGUUUGGCUUACUCGGCUCAUACCUUUAACUGUAUCACUGUGACUUCCUCUUAAGAAUAAAUAUCAUGUAAAAUGGCUGGCAAACACUUUAAAAAGGAAUUGCUUCAAAGGAAGCACAUACUUUGUACAGUACACUGUUGAUGUGUGUGUAUGGUAUGCUUUGAUAUAUUUGCAAUUGGAAAAAAAAAAAAAACAUUUGCUCAAGGAAAUGACUUUGCUUUCAGUUACUACCUGAGUUCAAUGUGUAGAACAUCUCACACUGAUUACGUUUUUUGUUUUCCCCUGAACGGUUUUUCUAUGAAUGAGAUUUCUUAUUUUCUAUGCAAACACCUAAACAAAUUCACAGUGAUCCCACUUAAUUCAAGGUUUUCUUUAAAAAGGUGCUCAAGUCCACACAAGGCAAGACUCUGGGUACAGUGAAUGCAGGCUGUGCCAAGGGAAUAUUACUCGGCCAGUUUUGACCUUUCCAUUGUUUUCAGGCACAUGGAAAAAGAUUCUGUGAAAGGCAUGAGGAAAAAAAAAAAUCUGCGUUUGUGUGUCUGGGCAUAAAUUACCGUUGGGGACAAAACAAGACCGCGCUGGGAAACACUGGAACAGACUUUGUUAAGCGAUGAAUGAAAAAAAAAAUAAACAGAAAGAGGGACAAAACAAGUUUGUGCAACCUACUUCCAUGUAGGAAAUGGCUUUGUUGUUGUUUAUUUUUUAAAUAUGCAGCACAUCACCUCGUUCUGUUUUCCAUCUUGAAUUUCUGUAGGGUUCACUGAGGAGCCAUUUCCAAGGCAUGCUGUAACAGUCCUGUGUGGUAUCUGAUUCUAAUAUAACGCACUUAACAGCCAGAUGCAUCUCAAAAAUGUGUAUGUUCAAUAUUCUGUGUAUUCUCUAAAAACUAUUAACUGUGAACAUCUGAUAGGACAUGAAUUUACUGAUAAUUAACACCUAUUUUGACAUUUCCUGGUGUAAAGCCUACAUACAUGUACCCUCUCCCUGACAGUAUUUAAUAUUUGGCCAGAGGUCCGGCUGCUUUCAGCUGGCCUCAACCAUAUCCCUUUGCAUGCAGUGCACUGUACUGAAGUUUAACGGGUCUACAUGGACAUUGGGCAGUUAGUCUCUGUCAGCUGUAGUGUGACAAGUAUGCAGGCUUCACAGCAAGUACCUUCAGUGAUCCUCACCACUGCUCGUAUUGCAUAUGUUUGGCUCUUUCGCUGUAAAGGAUUUUAGGUUGUGUCCAGUAUGGUUUUGCCCAGAGGUGCAGCACAGAACAGUUGUACCCACAGCAAUGUUUUGUGUUGGCUCUACUUUAAAGCAAGUCCUCUUGACAACUGUGGACUUUAUCAUUAUAGGCCACAGGUACACAUUAGCAUAGAGUGCUUUCUUUACUGUGGGCUGACUUUUUUUAAUGCACAUGUUCAAUAAUGUAACAACUGCAUAAUUUUUAGCACAGGCAAAAUGUCAUAAAAAGGAGGUUGGAGAUUCCUUCUCAUUUUUUUCCUUCAUAUUGCCAUUUCUUAAAUCUUAGAGAAGGUGAAAUAGUGUAAAAAUGACGAUCAUUCAUUUAUUUUUUUCCUAUUUAACAUUGUAAAUCGUGUAAUAGUACAUUUAAUACAUUCGAAUCUUGUUUUAAAAUACCUAAUCUUUUAAUAAAUUGGGGACGGGAAAUGAUCUCAAAGCUAUUUAUUUUUCUUAUAGCCUAUGUACAUGUACAGAAAGAUAAACAUGUGAGAUGUCCAUUCAGAAAUUUGAGAAAUAAAAAGGAUUGGUGCUUGA